AUGACGGUUCCAAAGAACCAGAUCCCCGCUAUCUACGAGCGGGCCAUUCAGAAGUACCAGGAGAUCACCGACGAGCCGUUCGACGUGCAAUUCCUGGUGAAAAUUCAGAAUGUGGAGGACCUCACCAAAGAGAUAGAUGCCAGGAACAACAGCUUCCGUGAAUUCCGCGAGAAGAGGGGCGCGAUCUUCGACGUGCUCAACGCCGCCAUGAUCCCGGUGCAGCUGUUCGGCGAUUUGGCCGCGGGCGGUGCCUCCAUGGUCUUCCCACCGAGUAGCCUUGUCUUUGGGGCCGUCACCUACUUGAUGGGGGCUGCAAAGGGCGUGUCUGCGUCCUACGAUGCGAUCCAGGAUUUGAUGGGUACAUUGAAGGACUUCACUAUCCGGCUGAAGGCGUAUAGCCGGGAGUCCAUAUCCGACGAUUUAAGCAAUAAGCUCAGCGACAUUCUCGUCACACUAGUCGAGAUUCUUGCCCUGUCCACCAAAACCAUUCGCCGAGGCCGGCUGCUCAAGUUCACGCGCAAUAUCCUGCUCGGCAGCAACGAUGCAAUUCAGGGGGCGAUGGGUAAGCUGGACAAACUAACGAGAGUCGAGGCAGAUUUAGUUGGGGCAGAGACGCUGACCGAGUCGAAACGGACUGGCCGGGUGGUGGACGGUAUGUCGGCCACGGUCACCUCGACCCAUACCACCGUGAUCGAAACGGGCAUGACGGUGAACCAAGUGAAUAUACGGGUGAAUGAGGUGCAGGAGAUGCUGGGCACUUUGCUGGUGUCGGUGAAGGAGAACAAGCAAGACAAUAGUGAGGAUCGUGAAAAGGCAUUGCAGGAACAUGUCAACAAGAUCCUCCGGCCAUCCAAGACGGAUUCUGCUCAGGACUGGUAUGAUAAGAUCAACAAGGCCCGUAUCCCGGGCACCGGGGAUUGGGUUCGAGAUGAACGUAUCUUCAAUGAGUGGCGUGUCCAGGAUAUUCCGGUUAUGUUUAUAUCGGGGAAUCCGGGAGCUGGAAAGUCCUACAUCGUGGCGAAUAUGAUCAGCCUGCUUCUCGAGUUGCAUCCUCAGGGGGUUCAAAACACAUCGCUGACUUCGGUGGGAUUUUUCUUUUUCAAGGACGACAAUCCGGGUACGAGAUCAUUUCACCAGGCCUUACGCGACCUCGCGUUGCAAAUCAGCAAAAAUGACCCCGUGUAUCUGAAACACCUCGCCGCUAUUGAAGAUUACGAGGCGAUCAGCACACUCGAAAGCGCAUGGCGACUCCUCUUUGUUGACUACUUCGUGAAAACCCCCAACGCCGACAGCAAUGUGUACAUACUGUUAGAUGGCGUGGAUGAAGCGUUUGACGACGAGCGGCGGACUUUCCUGAGUCUGGCAAAAGACCUCUACGAUUCUGCCCAGCAGUCACACCUGCAGCUGGCUGUUAUUGGCCGACCUCACAUCAGUGACCAGUUGCUGGAAGGUCUCGAGGUGGAGGUCCCGACAAUUUAUGUCACGACGCAGAAGAACUCGAAAGAUAUCAACCAGUACAUCCAUGCGAGCAUCAAGAAGUCUGUGGUUCUGAGAAGAGUGUCAGCGAAGCUACGCCAGGAGAUCGUGGAAAAGCUAUCGGCCAGAGCGGAGGGGAUGUUUCUCUGGGUGAACCUCAUGCUCCAAGAGCUCGUCAAGAAACGGAACGAGUCCAGUAUUCGGAAGGCUUUGGACCAAGCACCCAAGGGUCUGAAAGAAAUGCUCCGCCAUGUUCUCCUCAGCUUCUCGACGAGCUCUAAUGAAGAGGAGCUUGAGUUUCUCAAUGAGAUCCUGCUAUGGGUCACCUGUUCAAGGCAGCCCUUAACGCUGGCCGAGGUGGAGUCUAUCCUCAAGCUGAAGUCACCCGAAGGGGACGGUAUGAUCUAUCCCGAAGGAGCCCUACGGCGCCAAUUUGCCUCCUUCUUCAGCCUGGACCGCGAGGAUGGGCUCACCACGGCGGAAUUGCAGAUGAUGUCCACGAACCGGACCAAUUUCGAUGACUCGGAGGAUGAAGGGGAAGAGAGAGAUAGUGAUGAGGAGGCCUUUGAGGAUGUCGAGAACUUUACGGACUUUGACUCUCACAAAGGAACGACCACAGUCACCUUCUGCCACGCAUCCAUUGGCGAUUUCUUCCGUGAUCCGACAGAAGGGAAGGUGUCCGAUGAGGAAAGCCAUGUCCCUGUGGGUGUCCAUUACCUGAACGCGAAGGCGCACGUGCUGAAGACCUUCUUGCGAAUCUUUACCGAUAAGGAGUUCGCGACAAAAGCCGACGAUGCUGAGCAUAUGCUCCGUCAUGCCGCCGAAAAUUGGGUUCACCAUCUCCUGACCACGCGCGCUUCGGACUGCUCGCUGGAGGAUAGACGCGAUAUUGCCAAGAUGCUGCUGGUGGCGCUUAGAUCUGAAGACGCGAUCACGGGCUGGAUUGGCUAUCGGGGCUGGGUCUCCACGGAGGCUAAUACUCGAGCGGUCCGCCAGUGGUGGGAAGAUGAGGACGUUUUGGAGUCAUUGACGCCGGAAGAGCAAGAGUUCAUCUCCUCGACCGAGGCGGAUCCCAUCACAACAUUCCAGCCGGUCGUCAUGUUAUGCACGAAGAAAUGGGUCGCAGACGAUAUGUGGUUGGCUGCUCCUGUGGCUGCUGUCGCGUGGAGCUACCAGAGUCUCAUGAAGGGCAAAGAGGUGAAUUUCCUCGAAAGGUUUGACCCGACGCCGGACGAGAUCAUUGACGCUGCUGGGUUUGGCGAUUUUGAAAAGGAUGCGCUUUGGUAUCGCCGAUGCGCCAUGGUCCUCCGCCAAUUGCAGUAUUUCGACCAGGCGUUGAAGUACUUCUCGAAAGCAGUUGAGCUCGACCCUGACAUGUGGCUGAGCAAAGCGGGUAUGGCGAUCGUAUAUUCCAUGAAACAGGAAUGGCAGAAGGCUGUCGACCUUGAUGAGGAAAUCAUGCGGACGUUAACGCUUGGCAACUCCUAUCAGAAGCUCGGGGAUUUGGAAAAGCGGCUUGAGGCGUAUAAGAGGGCACAGGCGCUAACACCCUACUGCGACACAUGUAUCAAUGUGCUUCUAGAACACUACGGUACCACUCACGACCAUGAAGCCACCAUUGACCUGCUCCAGCAGUUAGCCGACACACCGGUUCCGGACGAAGAUAUUUCACGGUUGACACAGUCGCUGUGGGACAACCCGGAAGAAGACACGCGUUACUUCGUGCUCGCUGCCGAUGCGGCAUUGGCUACCGACAACCUCAGUUUCAUGGUAGAGGCAUGGCGCACUGCAGCCCGCGCAGCUCGGAAGGCGUCUAAGACGGUCACCGCCGCCCAGCUCGACAUGUCCCUGGCUCGGAUCUACAGCGAAUUCCUCCAUGAUCAGGCCAAGGCUGUCAAGCGCUGGGAGAGGAUCAUGAACACGUAUGCCUCGUCAAAGGACGAAACCGUGAUUGGCUUUGCGAAGCUGAAGGCCUCCGUCGCAUUGGCCAAACAGUUUCUCUGUGACGCUGUCGAGGCCGGAGUCGGAACGGCGCAAGCGGAAGAAGCGGGAGCCAAGCUCGAGAAGCUUGGAAGACAUGUGAAGCUCAAUGAUGAGUCGGCGCUGUGGACGGUCUCCAGUAUGCGCGCGAUUUGCUUAGGCAUCUACUACCGCUUGAGCGGGCGUGAGGCGGACGCUCGGGCUCUCUUCAAGCCAUCCAUCCAACGGGGAAUUGCGAUUCUCUCUGAUGAUGAUCCUGAGAACGACGUGUUAGGGUUUCUUGACCUCCUCAACGCCCUGGUGGCGGCGGGUGAUGUCAAAAACGUGACGGCCGUUGCCUAUCAUGAGGUCCUAGGGAAAUACCAGGUCGGUGAUCCACAGGAAGCAAUGGACAAUGAGAGUCCUGGCGCUGGGGACGUCCUCUGGCUCACCUGUGACGGCCCAUGUCGCAAAGAGCUUCCUUCGCUGGACGAUUAUUAUCAGUGUCCCAUCUGUCUCGACACCGGAUUCUGUCCACCCUGCGUCCAACAGCUUGCGGAGGGGACCAUGGGCAUCCGAAUCUGCAAUCCGAAACAUAUCAAGGAUUUUAUCUAUGUUCCCCCGCGACCUCGGAAUGUCCCCGCGGGGAAGAUGCUGGUGGAUGGGGAGGAGGUCGACUUUGAGGUAUGGAAACAGCAGCUGAGAAAGGAGUGGGGGGUUUAA